CAGUCUGUAAUAUUAUUUCGUAAAUAAUUUUGUUCAUAUUGUUUUCUCAUCUUAUUGUUAUCGUAAGUUUUAUCAAAUAAUUUGUAAUGCCGUGGGGCUGGGAGUGUAGGGCAAAGUUAGUGAAGCAGUUGCCAGCUAAGCCCACCACACGGCGAGGGGACUCCGGAGACGCACCGGUACCCGGCCCGCAACAAUAUGAGGUGCCCGAGCUAUAUUGUGGUAAAGGCCACGGGCACAUCAAGCGCGCGCCAGCAUAUUCGUUCGGACUGGCAAUACCGGUCAACGUGCUCAAGCCCGCCGCCCGUCCUACCGCACCAGUUUUCAACGUACGAGGGUAUACAAAAAAAGGUAUUUCAAGAAUCCCCGGUGGAGUAGUGGGUCCAAAACUCGAGCCUAUAGAGGACCGCACACUCAAACCGGGCCCGGGUGCGCACACGCCCGGCGACGUGCGCUCCAAGCGCGCGCCCGCGUAUACGUGCCAGCCGCCCGCGCAGCCCGCGUACGAGGCGUGGGAUAUGUGGACGUGCCCGCCUAAUAUGUACUGGCCUUAUGUACCGCUCAAAAAGCCCCCAGCGUAUUCUUUUGGCUAUGCAGCGAGAAAUCUUACUGCUGAUUUCAAGCCCGGGCCAGGGGCACACGAUCCUAACUUCACUUACCAUCAAAAGAAUCAACCAGCCUAUUCUUUCGGCCACCCGUUCCGGCCUGAGCCACCGCCCGUCUGCCCUCCACCCAACAACUACUGCGAGAAAAAGUUCAUGGUGCGGAAGAAGACGGCUCCGGCACCUUCAUUUGGCAUUCGCCAUUCUCCGUAUUUGGGAGAGUUCCCGGCACACCUCAAGCCCUCCAAACUAGAUCUCGUUGUCAACACAGCAACAUAGGAUCGGUAAACAUACCAACGAUCGCCCGAUGCGAUGGGUAGGAAACCCACAACCUGAAGCAUACGGGCACUCCAGAGAGCGUAUGGUGCUGAGACAUAUCGCGUUGGUGGCGGCGUAAGUACCUAACUAUCUGCAUGAGGCUUGCACUCGUAUGGAAUGCAGAUUCACGUACGAGGAAACUAUUUGAAAAAAAAAUGAUCGCGGCACACAAGAGGUUAAUCCGUCCCGAUUAAGCGCCGCCCGCACGUUGAUCUGAGAUUGUGCGCUUUAGGCUAGUCGUGCAUGUGUUGCACUAAUUAGUGCGCAAACGUGUACGCAGAGAGCGCGAACGUGCCACAUUCGCUAAAUCUGGACGGAUCAUAAUAC